CCCGCAGCCUUACCUCCCUCUCUCCUUCCCCUUCUCUUUUCACACACAGGACGCCCAGAGGCCCUCCGUCUCAGAGAUGCUGCCGCUGCUGCUGUCCCUGCUGUGGGCAGGGUCCCUGGCUCAGGACAGCAGAUACCGGCUGGAAGUGCAGGACUCCGUGACGGUGCAGGAGGGCCUGUGUGUCCGCGUGCCCUGCUCGUUCUUCUAUCACUGGGACGACAGGGACAAAACUGCCCCAGUUUUCGGCUACUGGUUCCGGGAAGGGGCCAAUGAGAAGCUGGAUGCCCCUGUGGCCACAAACAACUCGGAACGUAAAGUUCAGGAAGAGACCCAAGGCCGAUUCAACCUCCUAGGGGACCAUGGAAACAAUUGCUCCCUGGACAUCAGAGACGCCAGGAGGAGGGAUCAAGGUUCAUAUUUUUUUCGUGUGGAAAGAGGAGAGACAUUAUGGAGUUAUAAGUCUAACAAGCUCUCCUUGCAUGUGACGGCCCUGAACCACACACCCCACAUCCUCAUUCCUGCGACGCUGGAGGCGGGCCGCCCCGGGAACCUGACCUGCUCUAUGCCCUGGGCCUGUGAGCAGGGCGCGCCCCCCACCUUCUCCUGGACGUCAGCCGCCCUCACCUCCCUGGGCCCCAGGACUCACCUGUCCUCAGUGCUCACCAUCACCCCACAGCCCCAGGACAAUGGCACCAAUCUCACCUGUCAGGUGAUGUUCCCCGCAAGCGGUGUGAUCGUGGAGAGGACCAUCCAGCUCAGUGUCACCUGUGCUCCACAGAGCCCAGGAAGAGGUGUGUGCUCAGGGGAUGGCACAGGAAAAUUGGGGACCAGGGCAGGAGUGAUUGAGGGGGCCCUUGGGGGAGCUGGUGUCACCAUGCUGCUUGUUCUCUGCCUGUGCCUCGUCUUCUUCACAGUGAAGACCUACAGGAAGAAAGCAGCCAGGACUGCAGUGGGUAUGGAGCACAUCCACCCUGCCAUAGGACCAACUUCCCUGGAUCACCGGCAAGAGUCCAAGUUAGAGGAUCCUCCUGACCCCACAAGCUCGGCAGGGGCCACCCCCACCUUGGGGAUGGAGGAAGAGCUGCAUUACGCCUCCCUCAGCUUCCAUGGGAUGCACCAUCCUGAGGAGAGCACCCACUCAGAAUACACGGAGAUCAGGACCAAUCUUACCCCAAAGAUGCUGCUAUUGCCACCGCCGCUGCUGCUGCUGUCCCUGCUGUGGGCAGGGUCCCUGGCUCAGUACAUGAGCUACUGGCUGCAGGUGCGGGGGUCUGUGACGGUGCAGGAGGGCCUGUGUGUCCGCGUGCCCUGCUUCUUCCACUAUCCCUGGGACUACUGGGACGACUCUGUCCCAGCUUUCGGCUACUGGUUCCAGAGCGGGGCCAGACCCGACCAGGAUCGUCCAGUGGCUACAAACAACCCAGGUCGUGAGGUGCUGAAGGACACCCAGGGCCGAUUCCACCUCCUUGGAGACCCCCGGACCUACAACUGCUCCCUGGACAUCAGAGAUGCACGGCAGGGAGACACGGGGACAUACGUCUUUAGGGUGGAGAGAGGGCUUUCUGUGAAAUAUAGUUAUUUAAGGAACAAGCUCCACCUGCAUGUAACAGCUCUGACACAGACACCCGACAUCCACGUCCAGGGGACCCUAGAAUCUGGCCUCCCCAGGAAUAUCACCUGUGCAGUGCCAUGGGCCUGUGAGAGGGGGCCACCCCACACCUUCUCCUGGAUCGGGGUUGCCCUCACUUCCCUGCACCCCAAGAGCCCCCAUUCCUCGGUGCUCACCCUCACCCUGGGGCCCCAGGACCAUGGCACCAACCUCACCUGUCGAGUGACCUUCCCCGGAGCUGGCGUGAGCACAGACAGAACCAUCAGACUCAACGUGUCCUGUGAGCCGGGGCCAGGGCGCCGGGUCCCUGAGGGCAGAGGGCGUUGGGGACGGGAGGGAGGGCCUGGGCUACUGCGUGCUGAGCCCUGCGAGCUGGAACUGGGGAGGAAGGAAAGAGGACACUACUCCACCCUCUUCCUAUUUCUAAUGUUUCUGGGGGAAAAGGGCCGAUUUAUGUCUGUCUGUCCAGAUGCACCCCAGAAGCCGACCAUCAGAGUGUUCCGGAAAGAAGACACAGGACCUGAAAUUCUGGGCCAAAGCCUAUCUCUCCCAGUCCAGGAGGGCCAGUUCCUACGCCUGGACUGUGUUGCCGACAGCAACCCUCCUGCCAGGAUGAGCUGGAUCCGGGGGAGCCUGACCCUGAGCCCCUCCAAUUCCUCGAACCCUGGGGUCCUGGAGCUGCCCCGGGUGGAACUGGAGGACCACGGGAAAUAUGUCUGCCGAGCUCAGCAUCCGUUAGGCUCCAAGGAAGCAUCUCUGUGCCUCGUUGUGAAAAACCCCCCGCAGCUGCUGGGACCCUCCUGCUCCCAGGAGGAGGAGGGUCUGCACUGCGACUGUUCCUCCCGAGCCCAGCCGGCCCCCUCCCUGCGCUGGCGGCUGGGGGAGGAGUUGCUGGAGGGGAAUUUUAGCAACGCCUCCUUCAAGGUCACCUCCAGCUCGGCUGGGCCCUGGGCCAACAGCUCCCUGAGCCUCCGCGAGGGGCUCAGCUUUGGCCUCCGACUCAGCUGCGAGGCCCAGAACGGCCACGGGAAACAGAGCGCCACUGUCCUGCUGCUGCCAGGGAGGCCAGCACCCAGGACCUGUGUGGUUUGGGGGGCCGUCGGGGGAUCUGGCGCCACAGCCCUGCUAGCUCUCUGCCUCAUCUUUGUAGUGAAGAUCUACAGGAAGAAAUCAGCAGAGAAGGCAUCAAGCAGAGAUGGCGUCCGUCCCGCGUUGACUUCCAUCUCUCUGGGUCACCUCAAUGAAUCCUGUUCAGACAGCCCCUCAGACUACCAGACCCCAGCUCCGGCCACCUCCACCUCAGGGAAGGAGCAGGAGCUCCAUUACGCCACCCUCAACUUGCACAGGCUGAGGACCCACAACUUUCAGGACCAGGACACGACUGAGUACUCAGAGAUCAAGAUCCAGAAAUGACGCCCCCGCCCCCAACCCCAGAACCAGGCUGGAACCCAGAAAAUGCAUCUCUGAAGAAAAUGUGUGCGAGGCACCGAUUCUUGAAGACUUGGCUGCCCUCUGAGCCAGAGCUUAUAAAUGAGAAGGUGAAGCUCCUUGGAGCGGCUAAAGGGCACAGAGAGUCCUAGGUUCAAAUCCAGGCCCUGGUAACCCUAAGGGUGUUAUAUCAGGCAAGUCACUUUACCUCUCUGUGCUUCAGUUUCCUGCUCUGUAAAAUGGGGAUAAUAUCCAUUAGGUACAUUGUUAAGUGGGGAAAAUGCACUUUGGGAGUUGUUAACUACAUUGUUAUGUGUUAAGUUAACCUCAGGAUGGAGGGAGAUGUCAGCUUUUGGCUCUACCACAUAUUUCUGUUUUGCCUGACUGUUUUUAAGAACAUGAAUUAUUUUUUGUUUGUUUGUUUUUCUGGGAGGGAGGAGAUAAAACAUGUAUUAUUUUUUUAAGUAAAUCUAAAUUUACCUCUCUGGAUGGAGACGAUAUUUCCCAAUACAUGUAUCUAACAAAGGACACCCAGGAUAUAUAAUGAAUAUAUUUUUUUAAUAAUAAAUAACUUAAAAAUAAA